AUGCCCAAGGCCACGACUCCAAAGGCCGACCGCCCUGCCAGGCGGCACAAUCCCCUAGAAAAUGAUAUCCUCGCCACCGGCCUUUUACGCACCAAACCCUCCAAGAAGAAGUCGAAAAACAAUGACCAAGCGGAUGAGAAUUUUGUCGACUCCAAGUCUUCCAAGAAAAUCCUCCGCAUAGGCCGCGAGCUGGCAGAGGAGGCGAGUGCCGACAGGGCUUCGUCGAAUCCCGAACCCACGAUCGAUUCGUUUGGUUACAGCUCUCGGUUUGAAGACGAAUUUGGCCCUGAUGAGGGCAAGAGUUAUGACGAUGACGACGGGACUUGGGGUGACGAUGACGAAGUAGUGGAAGAAGUCGAAGUCGACCCGGAGGAUCUCGAAAUGUACAACAAGUUCAUGCCUGAUGAGGAAGACGAUCUGUUGAAACAUGGCUGGGAUCUCAAGCCUUCCGGCGACACGGCAGAGGUAGGCGAGAGUCGCAACCUUGCCGAUCUCAUCAUGGCCAAGAUUUCCGCGCACGAAGCUGCAGAAGCCAGGAAAGAUGCAGGCUUACCGGCAGUCCAAGAUGUCGAAUUGCCGCCCAAGGUUGUCGAGGUCUAUACCAAAAUUGGACAAAUACUUUCUCGGUACAAGUCGGGUCCUUUGCCCAAGCCGUUCAAAAUUCUUCCAACCAUCCCGCACUGGGAAGACAUCCUUGAACUCACCAGACCAGAGGCAUGGACACCCAAUGCCGUUUUCCAAGCGACUCGAAUCUUUGUUUCGCACAAACCCAUCAUCGUACAGAGAUACCUCGAGAUGGUGGUACUGGAGAGGGUCCGCGAAGACAUUUACGAAAACAAGAAACUGAACGUCCAUCUCUUCAACUCUCUCAAAAAGGCGCUGUACAAGCCUGCCGCCUUCUUCAAGGGUUUUCUUUUCCCGCUUAUCGGCAGUGGCACUUGUACCUUGAGAGAGGCACACAUCAUCUCCGCAGUUCUAGCCCGAAUCUCCAUUCCCGUCCUGCAUUCUGCCGCCGCUCUCAAGGGUCUAUGUGAUAUUGCUGCUCAGGAAGCGUCGCAAGGUAGCGAAGGUGGUGGCGCCACCAACAUCUUCAUCAAGACCCUGUUGGAGAAGAAAUAUGCCUUGCCGUAUCAAGUGAUUGAUGCUCUCGUGUUUCACUUUCUUCGUUUUCGCAACGAAGAUGCGGCCAGCGCCCAGCAGGGUGAUGCCAUGACCGGUCUUGCUGGCGAAGAAAACAUGAAGACCAAACUACCCGUCAUAUGGCACCAGAGUCUUCUGGCUUUCGCUCAAAGGUACAAAGGCGAUGUGACUGAGGAUCAGAGAGAGGCGCUCCUGGACUUGCUGCUGAGCCACGGACAUACAGGCAUCGGCCCCGAAGUACGUCGGGAGCUGUUGGCAGGCAGGGGGCGAGGUGUGCCCUUGGAGCCUCAGGGCGUCGCGUUGGAUGGCGACGACACCAUGUUGAUCGACUCCUGA